AUGUCGCGCUGCCAGGUCGCCAUGAGGCCGAUCUCUCGGCAGCUGCGGCCAACAUGUCCCAGCAUUGUCCGGCCCUUCACCUCUGCCGCCAUCCGCCGAACACCAGCAGCCGAAACUCAGACUACUACGCCCACCGAAGCAGACCUUGAUCCGAACACGGUGCUCCCCGAAUUCGAGGAGCAGCUCAUGAAGUCUGGAAAGAUGCCAAUUGGUUCCCGUCGUCGUCGUUUAGCCAUCCGCAGCACUGGAGAUCUCCCAUUCGAGCACCUUCCCUACCAGGCUUUCCAAGAAGCCCGCAAGAUUCUGUCGGUUGAUCGAGAAGAGAAGCUGGGAAAGAUUCAGAAGGAGAUUGAGAAGAUUUCUCGGCUGGAGGCUACGAAACCUGAGGAUGUCAAGGGUGGUCAACAUAUAAAGGAUAUGAGGUUGAGGGGUCUACGAAAAUACGUUGAAGAGCUCAAGAUCCUUGCGGAUGCUAACGACCCUGUCGUUAAGAAGCGUUUUGAGGAUGGGACGGGCGAUAUGAACAAGCCUAUUUAUCGUCACUACGCUGAAGUCAAGUGGCGCUCAUACGACCAGCGACUUAUCAACCAACGUAUCAAGCAGUUCAACAUUGUUCCUGAUGUGCUCCCCAAGCUCGAGCCCACUGCCGACGUUCAGCUAUACUUCCGCCAACUAAAGGUUCCUCCCGGCCAAAUCGUCGACAGUAUCGUCAGCGAAAAGCCCCCACGUCUACGUGUGCAGGUCUUUGACAAGGGCGAGCGUCUGGUCUCUAUCGUCGUCCUCGACUCGGAUGUGCCUAACCCUGACUCCGACACUUUUAACAAGCGCUGCCACUUCCUCGCAGCCAACAUCCCCAUCAACCCCAACGACACUUCUCUACCCCUGAGCAGGAUAAAGGCUGAGGAUCAGCUCGCCCUACCAUGGAUGCCCGCAUUCUCACAAAAGGGAGCUCCUUACCACCGUCUCGGCAUCUACCUCCUCGAGCAGGAACCCGGUCAAAAGAUCGACGUCUCCAAGCUUAAGGAACUCUACAGUCAACGAGACGGUUUCUCUCUCAAGUCGUUCCGCGACAAGUUCAACACAACGCCGUUUGGCUUCAACAUGUUCCGAAGCGUUUGGGACGAGAACACCGCAGCUGUCAUGGCCCGACACAACAUUCCCGGUUCCGAUAUCGAGUUUCGUCCUACCCGUGUUCACAGUCUCAAGCCACCAGUCAAGCCUCGUGGAUGGGAAGCCAAGCGACAAGGGCCCAAGUACCGCCACCUUUGGAAGUACACCAAGAACAUCAGAGGCAUCUCCAACUCAAGGGGAUGGAUCAAGAGGAGGUAG